UGGAAGAACGGUUCAUACUUUUUCUAAAUUUAAAUAUCUUGAUCACACUCCAAUACCUUACACAAACAAAGAAAAAUAAAAAUCUCUUAUCUUCUUCCCCAUUUUCAGAUCUUAAUUUCCCCUCUUUCAAUAAUUAAACCUAAUCAAACCCUUAUUCGGUUUUAAUGGAUAAAAUGGUUUGUGUGAAAGGACCAACUGUGUGCAGUGUUCCUAUGUCGUUGAUUGGACCAAUCAACGGUGGUGGUUGUAGUAGAACUGAAUUUUGGGGAUUUUCUGCUAGUAAUAAAGCUAAACCUAAUUCCCUUUCCUGCCAUAUUAAUAUGAGAAAGUUGUGCAAAGCUGUCAAUUGCAGUUUCAACUCAUCUUCUAAUGGUAGUGGAAGUAUGGCUGACAAUUUUAAUCAAAAUCAUGAAGAUUAUGUUAACUCUACUAUUCUUGAAGCAGUUGAGGUUAAGAGUGGAGCUGAUGGGUUCAUAGUCAAAAUGAGGGAUGGUAGAAAUUUGAGAUGUGUCCAUAAUAGCCCUCAUGGAGGACUUCUUCCGGAUUAUGCGCCACAUCCAGCAAUUGUGUUGAAGAUGGAAGAUGGGACUGGUCUACUUCUCCCUAUAAUUGUUUUGGAGAUGCCAAGUGUCUUGUUAAUGGCAGCUAUACGCAAUGUUCAAAUAGCUAGACCUACUUUAUAUCAAGUAGUAAACGAGAUGAUCGACAAGAUGGGUUAUGAAGUCAGAGCCGUGAGAGUUACUAAGAGGGUUCAGGAGGCAUAUUUUGCUCAGCUAUAUCUUUCCAAGAUUGGAAAUGAGUCGGAAUGUAUGAGCUUUGAUCUUCGACCUUCAGAUGCUAUCAACAUUGCCGUCAGAUGCAAGGUGCCUAUACAAGUCAACAAGUAUUUGGCAUACAGUGAUGGAAUGAGAGUUGUUGAAUCAGGCAAACUGUCACCACAGUCCCCUGGUUCAGAUGGCCCAUUAUUUACUGAACUUGAUCGACCAAAUGGUAAGCCUUGUGUUGAAACAAAGGAGUUCAAUCUUUUGCACAACAUGUUGAAAGCGGUCGUAGAAGAGCGCUAUCAAGAUGCUGCUUUGUGGAGGGACAGACUUAAUCAAUUUAGGGCAGAAAAGAAAGCAAAUAACAGAUCCUGGACACUCUAAAGUGUAUAUAUAAAUCCAGCAACCCAGCAUAGAAUGUCGAUGACGAAGGAAAUUGGAAGAGCAGAUAGCUGACAUAUCUUUUGCUUCUUCCAUUGUGUAUACUUUAAAUAUGUUUGUGAAUAAUUAUGUGCAUAUAUAUAAACUUUAACACUAAUGUAUCAUCAUCAUCAUCAUGAGAACUUUAUUAUGCUACUGUUAAUAUGUAUUAUGGUUCAUCCAUUGGAUGCAGCAUGUUGCUGAUGGUUGUGUUGUGUUGUAUGAGUUACAUGAAAUAAAUAAACAAAUUCUUGAAUGUUUC